GCUUUCUAUUCCCCGCAUAUUGGACGAAAUUUAGGCGUUGACCAAUCCCUGCACGCCAGACCAAGUUCCCCAUCCCUUCUUUUACGUCACAGAUUGGAGACGGGAUCGACUGACGUGGAAGUACUUGUACUUUACGAAUUUUUUCUUAGCCUGGUGAUGAUUGAACUUCAUUGACUUUACCUGAUACCUGGACUUCUUCUUGGAUAUUGACUUCAACAUGAAUACCGAAGAAAUUUUGUUUGACAACCUGCUGGAUACCUCUGUUGACGGAAAUGUGUUUCUCGAAGAUUUGAUUGAAGAUCCAGCUGCCAAUGUGUUGGAACAAGCCAUGAAGGAGAAUAUGAUGGAAGUCUGGGAGUCAAAUGACUAUGAACUCCUCAAUUCACCUCUUGCUGGGGAACUGAAAUUCGAUGACAUCACACAACCAACUAACUAUCUAGAAUGGAUCAAUUGGGAUCAGAAAGAAAAGGCUGAUACCCUGGUUCCGGCAUCCAACAGUUCUGACAGUGGCCUUUCUAGUGAUUUCCACUAUGACCAACAGCUCUCUCCAUCCAAUGAAAUGGAUCGUUCUACACCGACUGGAUCUCCUACCGGUGGUGGUGGUGGCAGCUCAAUCUGUAGUAGCGUUGACGUAGACAGUGUCAGCAGUCCGGAUACCUUAUGCCCCUCAUCACCAUGCUCCGACAUACAUUUGAUCGACGAUGCUAACGAUAUCGAAAUCAAUUCUUCCAAAUCCAUAUCCUCACCUGCGAUACCCCCAAAAUCCACGAGUCCUCCUCUGGUCUUCCCCGUCUCUCUAAAAGAUUUGAAUCUUCGCGAAAUUAAAGCGGUGAAAAUCAUUCGCAAUGGCUCCACUUUGGUAUCAAGCGCCGCCUCGGCCGUCUUAGGUGGAAUCAAAUCCACAUCGGCCCAAGUUCCUGACGCAAUCAAGAAAUUAUUGGGACCAGUUCAGCUUCCUGUUUCUUCAGUUCCAACAUCGUCGUCAACGAAAAGUUCAUAUCCUCCAAUCGUGCUUUCAGGUAGGCUGCACAAACUAAAAGAAGAACGUCGUCUUUUAGCUAAGGAAGGUGUUGAACUGCCAAGCCAUUACCCUCUCACCAAACACGAAGAGCGAGAACUUAAACGUAUCCGCCGCAAAAUCCGCAACAAAAUUUCGGCACAGGAUUCUAGGAAAAGGAAGCGCGUCUACAUGGACGGUCUAGAAGAUCGAGUUAAGCUGUGCUCUGAUGAGAAUAUGUCGCUUCAAAAGCGCAUCCGUUUGCUCGAAACGGAGAAUAAAUCGCUGUUAUCGCAACUGAAAAGGCUUCAAAACAUUCUGACAGGUCAGGGUGGAAAUCAAGCAUCGCCUACAGUUGCAGCGAUAACAGCGGCCUCUACCACGGCAGGAACUAAUACCAACACCAACAGCAAAGAGGGGCUUUCGACAACUAGCAACACGGCGCAACCAGCCACCUGCCUUCUGGUGCUGAUGCUCUCAUUUGCGCUUUUCCUCUUGCCGAACCUAAGACCAGACUCCAAUAAGAGUCUUACAGAUGGCCGGACAAACUCAGCAGCCUCUCAAAUGGCACAAUCGAUGAUGAAAAUGCCACCAUUCGCCGGUCGUUCCAGAGCAUUGUUACAAGAUACAUUGGCUUUGGAUGCUGACUCUGACAUGACAGACAUUGAGCUCCUCGAAAUUGCAUUGGGGGGAGAGGUGGUUAUUGGGGAAGAAGACGAAGAAGAUGAGAGCGAACUAUACGUCCCUCUGCCUCUUGGCCCACUAGCAAUGCCUGGAGGCAAGAAUGAUGUUCUUAAAAGCCAAUGGGGUCAGAAGUUUGGCAAGCAAUAUCCGGCCAAUCCGAAAAGAAGCGUUCCGGCUUUCUUACUAGAACAUGACUACCAUUCAGCUGAUCCCACUGCCAAGCGUGCACGCUUCAAAGAGAUUUGGGAAGAAGUUGAGACCAUCGUGCCUCCUUCUCCCAUAUCAAAUGUGUAUUCUGGCGCCACAAAGGACUUAAAUCAAUCUCAGCUUUAUGACGAACUUGCUGAGCUUGCACGCGGACAAAACAUCGUCGUCCGUAUCUCGUCAGAAGAGCUUUGAAGACUUAAAUGGAAAUGAUACUCGUCGUUGUUCCUUUAACGUCGAGAUGCUUGUGAUCCUCGGUGUUGCCUUCUUCCUUCUUCUCCUGCAUCAUCCGAUCUAUCUCAGCCUGCUCGCACUGGACCCAUUCCCAUGUCAAAUCAUUUAUUUGGUGCUGGUUUAAGUAGAUGCUAGAGAUGCAACAACCUCAGCCCUUUAUUUCGAAUCUAUUGU